UGUACUGUCGGCUUUGGAGUUUGCGUUCUCAUUAUCUCACAAUGUGCUGUCUGUGUUAAGAAAAUGAAAAGACAGUAGUUCAUUUUAUUUUUCUGAUAAACUCGGUCUCAUUCUGAGCAGUUAGGAAGGCUCCAUCAGAGGAUGUCCAGAAGUUUCUUUCUAUUGCCGUUUGCUUCUGCUACUAAUCGCAGCUUCUACAUCUAAUUAAAUGGCGUCGCUAGACGAUUGCAUGGUCAAUCCCAAGAUAUCACCUUCAAAUACAUAUGGGGCGGUAGUUCUCGGCGGCACCUUCGAUCGGUUACACGAUGGGCAUCGCCUUUUCCUCAAGGCGUCGGCGGAGCUGGCAAGGGAUCGGAUUGUUAUUGGAGUUUGUGACGGCCCUAUGUUAACUAACAAGCAGUUUGUUUGCUUGAUACGGCCAAUCAAGGAAAGGAUGGGAAAUGUUGAAAACUACAUCAAGUCUAUUAAGCCAGAACUUGUAGUGCAAGUUGAACCUAUUAUUGACCCUUAUGGACCCUCAAUUGUUGAUGAAAGUUUGGAGGCUAUAGUUGUAAGCAAGGAGACAGUACCAGGUGGGCUGUCAGUCAAUAAGAGGAGGGCUGACAAGGGCCUUCCACUUCUAAAGAUUGAAGUUGUAGAUCUACUUUCUGAAGAAUCUAGUGGAGAUAAGAUUAGUUCUACUACAUUAAGGAGCCUUGAGGCUGAGAAGGCAAAAGAACAGCCAGUGGCUUUAAAAUGAAACGCAAAUCUCUAUCAAUUAUUUAGGAAAUUUUAUCCCAAGGUGAUCCGGAAACAGCAAUUGAAUCACAAGAUAAAACACGGAACAGGAUAAUGAAGAUGUUGUCUUUGUAACAUUGUUGUAAUUGAUUAAUGUCUUUACCGGAAUAUUAAGAAAUGAGUGUCAUGGUUGUGUAAAUCUUUCGCAUGUUAAAACAUACUCCCAUCGUUUGCGACUAAGACAAGAAGAACGCAAACCUGCAAUAGUAAUCUAUUUACGUUAUCUCAA